AUGGCAGAAACCAACGCUGCGAGAGAAGAAUCCUUCAGCUGCGCUAUGCGGCUGGUGAUGGGCUCGGUGCUCCCCAUGACACUGCAGGCCGCCAACGACUUGGGGAUCUUCGGCGUGAUUGCGGAAGCAGGCCGUGAUGCUAAGCUCGGCGCGCCGGAGAUCGCCUCAAAGUUGAGCUCCAAGAACCCAGAUGCGGACGUAAUGGUGGAUCGGAUUCUUAAGCUGCUGGCUACUCACUCCGUCGUGGAUUGCACGCUGGACGACGAAGACGGCGGCUCCGGUGGCCAGCAGCGGCUCUACAGCUUGAAUUCCGUGUCUAGGUACUUCGUCAAGAAUGAAGAUGGCGUCUCGUUGGCUCCUAUGAUGUCCUUGAUUCAAGAUAAAGUUUUCUUGGAUAGCUGGCCUGAACUGAGAAAUACUGUGCUAGAAGGCGGAGUCCCGUUUGAUAGGGUUCAUGGGAGUCAUGCCUUUGAGUACCAAGGGCUAGAUCCGAGGUUCAAUCAGGUUUUCAACGCAGCAAUGUUCAAUCACACCUCCAUUGUCAUAACGGAGGUCCUGAAUUGCUACACUGAACUGGGACAGCUGGAGCUAAUCAUCGACGUCGGCGGCGGCUUAGGACACACCAUAAAGGCCAUCACUUCCAAAUACCCGAACGUUAAAGGGAUUAAUUUCGACUUGCCCCAUGUUAUAAGACAAGCUCCCUCGAUUCCCGGUGUUGAGAACGUGGCGGGGGACAUGUUCGAAAGCGUUCCCCAAGGAGAUGCCGUCUUCAUGAAGUGGAUACUUCAUGACUGGAGCGAUGAGCGGUGUUUGAAGCUGCUGGAGAACUGCUACAAAGCAAUUCCAAAGGAGGGAAAAGUGAUAGUUCUGGAAGCUGUGGUGCCUUUCAUGGCGGAAAAUAGCACAUGCUCACAGUUAUCUACUGCACUCGAUGUGUUCAUGAUGACACAGAACCCAGGAGGGAAGGAGCGAACGAAAGAAGAAUUCUUGGAUCUGGCAACUCGAUCUGGGUUUAGAGGAAUCGACUUCAAAUAUUGUGUGUACAAUUUUUGGGUUAUGGAGUUCUUCAAAUGA